AGGGAAGGGCCGACAUCCCCAGCCCUGGCAGCCCAGCGGGGAUUUGGGCUCCCCCGAGCUCGGCACCGCCCGGGGCUGUGGUUCCUCCUCUCGGUUUGGGGCUGGUCCUCGAGCCAAGCCAGGCUGACACCGAGGGCCGAAGCGCCAUGUACGAGCUCAACGAAAGCAGCUUCGACCCCAUCACCUUCGUCCUGACAGGCAUCCCGGGCAUGGAGGAGUGCCACAUCUGGAUCUCCGUGCCCUUCUGCCUGAUGUACCUCACCGCAGUGUUCAGCAACUCGGUCCUUCUCUUCGUCAUCAGCACAGACCGGAGCCUCCACGAGCCCAUGUACCUCUUCCUCGCCAUGCUGGCCGUCUCUGACCUCAUGCUGUCCACCACCACGGUGCCCAAAAUGCUGGCCAUCUUCUGGUUCAGCGCCAGAGAGAUUUCCUUUGAUGCCUGCAUCACGCAGAUGUUCUUCACCCAUUUCAGCUUCAUCGUGGAAUCCUCCGUGCUGCUGGCCAUGGCCUUCGACCGCUACGUGGCCGUGUGUGACCCGCUGCGCUACUCGUCCAUCCUGACGCCCUCGGCGAUCGGGAAAAUCGCCGUGACCGCCGUCGUCCGGGGCUUCUGCAUCAUGUUCCCACCCAUCUUCCUGCUGAAGCGGCUGCCCUACUGCGGGCACAACGUGAUGCCCCACACCUACUGCGAGCACAUGGGCAUCGCCCGCCUGGCCUGCGCCGACAUCCGAGCCAACGUGUGGUACGGGCUGACGACGGCGCUGCUCUCCUCGGGGCUGGACGUCGUGCUCAUCGCCGUGUCCUACGCGCUCAUCCUCAGGGCCGUGUUCCGCCUCCCGUCCCCCGAGGCUCGGCUCAAAACCCUGAGCACCUGCGGCUCCCACCUCUGCGUCAUCCUCAUGUUCUACGUGCCGGCCUUCUUCUCCUUCCUCACGCAUCGCUUCGGCCACCACAUCCCCAGCCACGUCCACAUCCUCCUCGCCAACCUCUACGUCGUGGUCCCGCCGAUGCUCAACCCCAUCGUUUACGGGGUGAGGACCAGGCAGAUCCGGGAGCGUGUCCUCCGCCUCCUCUGCCCCGCGGGGGAGUGUCCUUGCCCCAGCUGUUGGGGCAGGUGCUGAGCAGGGGAAGGGGGACACGG